AUGGGGCUGCAGAUGCGCGUGCAGAGGGCAGCAGGGCGCACGGGGCGCACAAGACAGCAGGGCGUGUGUGGCGCGCAGGGCUGCAGGGCGCGCGGGGCGCGCAGGACAGCAGGAAGGGCUGGCAGCAGGGUAGCAGAGGCGCACAGGGCUGCAGGGCAGCAGGGCGCACAGGGCUGCAGGGCAGCAGGGCGCGCGGGGCGCGCAGGGCUGCAGGGCGCGCAGGGCAGCAGGACAGCAGGGCGCGCGGGGCGCGCAGGGCCGCAGGGCGCGCGGGGCGCACAGGGCAGCAGGGCGCACAGGGCUGCAGGGCAGCAGGGCGCGCAGGGCUGCAGGGCAGCAGGGCGCACAGGGCUGCAGGGCAGCAGGGCGCGCGGGGCGCGCAGGGCUGCAGGGCAGCAGGGCGUACAGGGCUGCAGGGCGCGCAGGGUGCACAGGGCAGCAGGACAGCAGGGCGCAUGGGGCGCAGUAGGGCUGCAGGGCGCGCGGGGCGCACAGGGCAGCAGGGCGCACAGGGCUGCAGGGCAGCAGGGCGCACAGGGCUGCAGGGCAGCAGGGCGCGCGGGGCGCGCAGGGCUGCAGUGCGCGCAGGGCACGCAGGGCAGCAGGACAGCAGGGCGCGCAGGGCGAGCAGGGCUGCAGGGCGCGUGGGGCGCACAGGGCAGCAGGGCAGCAGGGCGCGCGGGGCGCAGCAGGGCUGCAGGGCGCGCGGGGCGCACAGGGCAGCAGGGCAGCAGGACAGCAGGGCGCGCAGGGCUGCAGGGAAGCAGGGCGCGCGGGGCGCACAGGGCUGCAGAUCCUCUCCCCCCAACUGCUGCACCCGCAGCAGGAUGA